GGUGAGCUGCAGACACAGAGCUGUCAUGUCAUAUGAAGAUCAGCUGCAGAAUGUCCCUGUAGCUGAAGCUGCGCUUUCGUGGAGUGUUCCGAGAAGAAAGUAAGCAGGAAGAGCCUCCACAGUUUCCUGCGGCUUACAAGGAAGAAAAGAUGAGAGUUUCCACCAGUCAGCUGCAGCAGCUCACCAUCUUCACUACAGUGCUGACCGGUGGAGGGAUCGGCACCAUGUACUAUCUGCUGCAGAAGAGAUUUGUUGAGUCAGACUACCACAGACUGGCUCUGCAGAAGUUGGAAGCAUGUCCACUUGCCAUGGAAAGCCUGGGGGCCCCGCCUUUAAAAGUCCACAACAUCCAUCUGACUAACAGAAACAACCGCGUAGAUCAGCACACUGCACAGAUACAGAUCCCUGUGACUGGGUCAAAAAACGGAGGUUAUCUGUACACUUCAUCAGUUAGAGACCCAAAUACCAACAGGUGGAGUCUGAAGCAAGCAGUUCUGAUGCUCCGGGAAGGACAGACCAUCGACCUGCUGAAUCCUCCUCCACCAGCUACAGCACAAACACAGGCAACAGAGCACACACAGGGGCUAGACAAGGGCAACUGGCACUGAUUAACUCCAAGUACUAAUGAGAACCUUGAAAGUGGAAGUUGAGUGGAGGUCUAAUUCACCAAAAAUAUAUAUGUGUAUAUAUAUGGUAUAUUUACCAAACGGCAAAUCCUCAACAACUCCAGCAUCAUUUUGAAGAUACAGCAGGUGCUCAUGACACGUGUCACUGGGCGUCCAACAGACUGCUCUAUAUUGUUUUGUGUAUUUGAGCUUAAUUUUAAUUAAAUAAUGUGAUGCUG